AUGGGUAUAUAUACCGUAAAUUUUAGCAUUACCAUUUAUAUUGAUGAAAAAAAAUCAAAAACAUGCUCCCUAUAUCUUACAUAUAAACUUGCAAAAAUUCGCGAAAUAAUCAAUAACGACCAUAAAAUUACCAAUAAUGAUUUUGUUUUCAAAAGUAAAAAUGGAGAUAUAGUAAACCGUUCUGACGAAAAUUCUGAUAAUUUGUCAACCAUUUUAGAUAAUAACAAAUUAUAUAUCUCUACACAACAAGAAUUUAAAUUUAAAAUUGACACUGAACAGUUCAUCGAAUGGUUAAUACCGGAUAUGACACUUAGAGAUGUACGAGAAAAGUUAGCAUAUGAUAGAGUAGAUCGAAAAACUGAAAAACUUCAAUUUAAAACAAAAGAUGGAACAACAAUUAAUCAUAAGAAUGAAUAUCGUUAUAGCUUGAUUAAUAUCCGUGAUGGUAGUUCUAUAAUCCAUAUGCGGAAUCUACUAAAAAAGACUAACAUUAUGAUUGAUGAAAAUGAAUUAACAUACUCAUUAGAUCCAGAAGAUAAACUUGAAGAAAUCCGCCAAAUCAUUAUUACUAAAGGAAUCACUAAUAAACAAGAUUUUGAUUUUAAACGACAUGAUGGAACGAUAGUUAAACGUCCUGAUGAAGAAAAUUCCAUUAAUUUAUCAAAAAUUUUGAAAAAUAAUACAUUAUAUAUUUCUACUUUACAAUACUCUCGGGUCACUGUUUGCUUUACUAAUAAUAAUGACCUCCUUAGCUCAGUAUUACCCAAAGAUAGAAAACUUUCUGAAAUCCGGAAAAAAUAUGAAACUGCCAAUCAAGAUUUCUAUAUUGGUUCGAAUAGUUACUUUUUAGAACAAGAUGAAAAAACAGUUAUCCCAAAAUCCCAAGAAGAUGAAAGAAUAUUAAAAGAAAUUUUAAAAUUUAAAGAUAAUAAAAGUUAUUUAUAUAUUGUCCGAAAAAAAGAAGAGCCUGAUUGGAUAAAAUUUGAUAACGAAUACAAGCAUGUAUUUAUUAUUGAAAGAGAUUUGGUGAAGCAAGUUAGCAUAAAUAAUGUGUUUACGAUUAAGGAAAAAGAAAGAAAGGGUCAAAGUAGACACAUUGAAAAGAAAACAUUUGAGUGCAAAAAUGAAUUUCAAGAGUUAUGUUAUAGAAAUUUUAUUGACUUUGGAAAUGUUACUUCUAUUUUACCAUGGGCUUCUAUUUGUUUGGGACUUGAUAAAGAAACUUUGUCUAAAAAAUUAAAAUGCUAUAAUGAAAAAAUACAAUAUUCAUAUAUUAAAAAAAUAUGUGCAAAAAUGACAAUUAAUAAGGAAAAUAUUUGUCUAACUCCUGAAUUUAAAGAUGAUGUUAAGGCAGCGUUAAAUGAAGAGACCCAAGAAGGAAAAAUAGCAAAACUUAGAGAUAUAACAAAAAAGUAUGGAUAUUUUUAUGCAAGUUCAAUCUGCUUUGGAGGUGUUGCUGUCCAGAAAAAUGGAGACAUGAAAAAUUCAGAUGAAAAUGUAACCACCAACCACCUAGGUAUGCAAAGUUCGGCUGGAUUUCCAGGAGCUAAUAUGCAAGGAGGUGUAUCUUCGGAAAUAGGAAGUGACACCAGAAUAGCGGCUAGUGAAACCCAUUCUAACCUUAUUGUAAAAGGCGGUAACGUUGCAAUUUUUAAGUUUAAUGAUCCUGUUGAUUGGAUUAACUCACUUAUAGAAAGUGACACGUGGGAAAUAAUUGAAUAUGAAGAAGUCAAUUCAAUAUUUGAUUUACUUGAAGGCGAAUUGCGCAAAAAUGUUUUGGAAGCUUUAGGAAAAAGAAUUCUGAAAG